UCCCCUCCCUCUCCCCACUAAGUUCGAUGCGAUCGGCUCUGGGCCCUGCCGUGAGUUCUCGGUGCGGGCGACAGCGCUGCUGAACAUGGCGUCAGACGGGAUGAUUUUAACGAACCACGACCACCAAAUCCGGGUCGGAGUCUUGACAGUUAGUGACAGCUGUUUUCGGAACCUCGCAGAGGACCGCAGUGGCGUCAACCUCAAAGAUCUCAUCCAUGAUCCCUCCCUGUUGGGGGGUAUGAUCACGGCCUACAAGAUAGUGCCAGAUGAGAUCGACGAAAUCAAGGAGACUCUGGUGGAUUGGUGCGAUGAAAAGGAACUUAACCUCAUCCUUACCACCGGAGGCACUGGCUUUGCCCCGAGAGACGUCACACCAGAGGAAGCGGUCGAGAGGCGGGACGUGGCCUGGGCGCGGGGCGACUCCGAGGGCGUGGUGCUGAGCGACGCCGUAUCCCUGGGCAACACCUGCACACCCCGCGAGAUAAUGGAGUCUGGGAUCUGA